AAUCAUCUUUCAGGUCCCGCCCUCCUUGCGUUUCUGAAGCGUGUAAAGCCACUGGAUCCAUUUCCGUUUGCUUCGAAGCAAGUUUGUUAGCGCGUUGUUUUAAUUCUUCCAUUCCAUUUCUAACUUACCAAAGAACAUGAACAGUCUAAUUGGAUCAACGGUUCGGUGCCUGCGGUCGGGGGCCGCGUCGUUUCUGUCCAGACGAGCUGACGGACGCGUGUGCACGGUCUCGGCCCGGCUCCUGUGCUCGGCGUCCGACAUCCAGAAAGACCUUGGUGAGAUGGUGAAGAAGGAUAAAGUGGUUGUGUUCAUGAAGGGGACGAAGGCACAGCCCAUGUGCGGCUUUAGCAACGCUGUGGUCCAGAUCCUCCGGAUGCACGGGGUGGACGACUACGCUUCGUACAACGUGUUGGACGACCAGGACCUCCGACAAGGAGUCAAGGUCUUUUCCAACUGGCCCACGAUCCCUCAGGUGUACUUCAACGGCGAGUUCGUGGGAGGCUGCGACAUUCUGCUGCAGAUGCACCAGAACGGCGACCUGGUGGAGGAGCUGAAGAAGCUGGGCAUUCGCUCUGCCCUGCUGGACGCAGAGAAGGAGUCCAAGUAGACGACGAGCAUGAAACUCAAACAGCCGAUUUAAAAUGGACCCACUUCUCACCCCCUACUCAGAGGACUGCCCAUGUUUUGGUGGCAGCCCUGUAUCUUAAGUUAUGGAUGUUAGGCUUCAACAUGCUCCAGAGCUUGGAGUGUGAUACAGAGCUGCUGCUGACCUGCUGACACUAUUCAGUUUGCACUGACACUGAUUGUUUAGUUAUUAAAUUGUCUUUACUGGGAUUUAAAAUCACUUUUACCUGCAGUUUAAGUCUACAGCUUUGUUUCUCAUCUUGAAAGCUACAGUAACAAAUGUUUGAUGACUUAGGGGCAGUAGAACCAGCCUUUUGAACAAGCAGCACGUUGAGUUGAGCAAGGGCAUUUUAAAGCUACAAACUGACUGUUGUGUCCAGACAGAUUGGUAGCUGUGGCGGUCAGAAAACCAACAAACUGAUCUAAAAGCUGCCUUAAGACUGUCUAGUAUAAAAUAUAGAUGCUUUAAUAUUUCUACGCACAUACACACAUAUUACGGAGACAGAAAGUUGUGGUCUUUCUUUUGCCCUUCCUGUGUUUUUUCAUCUCCAGUUACAACUUUUGUUUAAAGACUUUGCAAAACCUUGAAAAAUAAUACAAUCAAAAAGAGCUUAGCUCAGGACUUCCAGGCUCUCAGUUUGAAAAUUAACAGCUAAACAUUAACGUCACUGGUAAUUUUAGCCUUCUGCUGCCUAAAGGAGAUUAUCAGUUGCCAACCAAUGCUCUAGAGAGUAAAGCUGUCGAUCUUGCUCAACCUGCCUAUUAAAAUCCUCCUCACUGCCCUAAGACUGCAGUAAAAGUAAAAGUGUUUCUUUGUUUGGUUGCAAUAACAAACCCUUCACGAUGCCAGAAACCUCCUAAAUGACUCACUCGCAUACGCUGAAACGCAACAAAACUGCCACAAAACCCCUUGUUGUCUGUCACUAAAUGAGUAGAUGUUUGCUUUUGUUUGGGACGGAAGCGUGAGGGGUGUUUGAGAUAAACCUGAAUGCUCCUUCUGGUGCACACAGGUGUAUAAUGGAAGCAAUGACCAUAUAGUACAUUGUAAGAUAUUGUACAUUGAAAUAUUAUCAAAUGUAUUUUGGCUCCAUGUAAAACUUAUUCCCCUAUUAAAUAUUUUGUGACACAAA